AUGCCUCAGAACGAGUACAUUGAGCGCUUCACCAAGCAACAUGGUCGUCGUCUCGACCAUGAAGAGCGCACCCGCAAACGAGCUGCUCGUGAGGGCCACAAGGCCUCCGAAAAUGCGCAAAACCUGCGUGGUCUGCGCGCAAAGCUGUACCAGCAGAAGCGUCACAAAGAGAAGAUCCAGAUGAAGAAGGCUAUCAAGCAGCAAGAGGAGAAGAACGUCAAGUCCGCCGAACCCGCCGAACCGUCCUCCAAACCUCUGCCCGGCUACUUGCUCGACCGCAGCAACACCACCAAUGCCAAAGCACUCAGUUCUGCUAUUAAGAACAAGCGAGCCGAAAAAGCCGCCAAGUUCAGCGUGCCUCUACCAAAAGUGCGAGGUAUUUCGGAGCAAGAAAUGUUCAAAGUGGUCAAAACGGGAAAGAAGACUGCAAAGAAGAGCUGGAAGAGAAUGAUCACAAAGCCCACUUUUGUGGGACCAGAUUUCACGAGACGUCCGGUGAAAUAUGAACGCUUCAUUCGCCCCAUGGGUCUGCGAUACAAGAAGGCGAACGUGACACAUCCGGAGCUCGGCGUGACUGUGCAGUUGCCGAUUAUUUCCGUGAAGAAGAAUCCGCAAAAUCCAAUGUACACGCAACUGGGAGUGCUCACCAAAGGAACCAUCAUCGAGGUGAACGUGAGCGAACUUGGUCUGGUCACUGCAGGGGGCAAAGUGGUAUGGGGUCGAUGGGCUCAGAUCACGAACAACUGCGAAAACGACGGUUGCGUGAACGCUGUUCUACUAGUAUGA